AUGGUCAUCUUCGGCGGCGUAACUUCUUCAUCCAUUGACAUCUUUACUAAUCCCGCUGCAAGUAACGACGUCGUAGUUUGGAAUCUAGCUGACGGACAAUGGUACAGGCCUAGCAUAACUGCCGUUGCCGGAAGCACAAUACCUGUUCCACAAAAGUUCGUGCCCUGCGUCGGAUUCUCAACUGGACAAAUGUUCGUCCUAAUGGCUAAUACGACGGAUCAGACAAAUGUUGCAGAGAAUAUCGCAGUUCUGGAUGUAACGCGGUGGAAUUGGCGAGAGACUACUACUUUAUCUCCACCAUCAGACUUUCGCAUAGGUGUAACGCUCACGGCAGUAAAUGGAGAACUAUAUCGAUUUGCUGGACGAGCCAUUGAUUCAAAAGGAAAUCAAGCACAGGCCAUUGAUAACUUGUUGUAUUCUUUGAACUCAAAAACUCUCUUUUGGACAUCUCAUGCUAAUGGCCCAUCAUUAGCAUACCAUACAGCUUGCUAUCUGUCAAAGUUCGACACAAUUGCCGUCUUCGGUGGCCAAACUACCGAUUUCCAACCACAAGAUGUAUUCAUUACUUAUUCUGUCUCACAAGGUGUGUGGAAUCAACUUGAUCAGUCUGUGUCAAGUAAACCAAGUGCUCGAUUAGGACAUACAGCAGUGUGCAAAGCAGAUCGAAUGAUUGUAUUCG